AUAUGGUGAUGAUGGUGGAGGAGGAGGAGAGAUGGAAAUGAACCUAAAACCAGCCUCACUAUUCCAGAUACCCAGACAACGCUGACAGACCUAAUAUAACACGGAACAACCCGCUGACCCCAUCUGCGUCACGUUGCAUCAUGUUCUGCAUGUCUGAGUUCAUGUCUGGGGACAGCUAUGAUCAGUGCCGCGCUACAGCCGAUUGGCUGAUGUCCAACACACAAGUGCGGCCGACUGUGGGCAUCGUGUGCGGUUCAGGUUUGGGGGGGCUGGCCGAGAUGCUCAAGGACCCACAGAUCUUCAAAUACUCUGACAUUCCUAACUUCCCCCGAAGCACAGUGCAUGGUCACGCUGGAAGGCUGGUGUUUGGAACACUAAAAGGGAAGCCGUGUGUUUGCAUGCAGGGCAGGUUCCACCUGUACGAGGGUUACCCCAUCCAGAAGAUCACGCUGCCCAUGCGUGUCUUCAAGCUGAUGGGUGUGGAGACGAUGAUCCUGACCAACGCAGCCGGAGGCCUCAACCAGGACUACAAAGUGGGAGACGUCAUGAUCAUCAAAGACCACAUCAACAUGCCGGGCUUUGCUGGACUCAACCCGCUGGCUGGACCCAACGAUGACAGGUUUGGUGUUCGUUUCCCCUGCAUGUCUGACGCCUACGACCGUGAGUUGCGUCAGCUGGCCAAUGAUGUAGCGGCAGAGCUGGGCUACAGCGACUUUCUGCAGGAGGGAGUGUACUGCGUCCUGGGCGGUCCCUCUUUUGAAACUAUUGCUGAGUGUCGUAUGCUGCACAGGCUAGGAGCCGACGCUGUUGGUAUGAGCACUGUACAUGAGGUGAUCGUCGCCCGUCAUGCCGGGAUGCGUUGCUUCGCCAUGUCGCUGAUCAGUAACCGGGCAGUGAUGGACUACGACAGCCAGGAGAAGGCCAACCACCAAGAAGUCCUGGAGACGGGCAGGCAGAGGUCCGAGCAACUGGAGAAACUGGUGACCACUAUGGUGGCUCGACUGGAGCACAACAAUAACAACUCAUUCUAAAGACAUCUUCUGCUCACGUGGUGACCGCCACCACUGUACCUGGUCUCAUGCCCUGUCCGGCUUUAUCUCUGCACCACAACAGGAAGACUAUUGAAAUGCUUGUUAGAACGCUAAAAAAAAGCUUUGUGCGGUUUCAAACCUUCAAGCCUGGUUUACUAAUUGAUAAACUAGUUUUGUAGUAAAAAAAAUUUUUAGAAACGUUCCCACUGGUUGUUACGUUAGGUCUAGUCUUAGGAUCCUGGGAACUGGUCCACUUUUUUAUACACUCCUCUAUCAACAAUGUUUACAUUUUAGCAGCGUGCAGAUAAAUAAUGCUAAUUUAGUGGAAGUACUUUUCUGACAAAUUCCUGUCAUGAUAUACUUUACUGUAUACAACCAACUUUAGUGUUUCAGUGAAACAGCAUCGUAUUUUAACUUAAUAACUUUUAACUUGAAAACUAAAUAUUUAUUGUUUCACUUUUUACAUUCCCUGAUAUCAAUCAGUAACCAACAUGAAAACAGUGAUAUUUGCAUUUUUUCAUUAAAGUAGAGGACCAACUCAUCAUGCAUGUCUUAAUACGGCUAAAAGGUGGAAAUAAUAAUUUCAUAUAGUGUAAAAGAGGUGUAAAAUAUUCUAAAAUAGGUCUAAAUUAUUUAUACUAAAUGUAUUUAAGUAGUGUGUUUAUUUUCUUUGAUAUUGUAAUAUGUUGAAUAGACAGAUCUUGAAAAAAGGGAUCAUAUCCUGCAUGGGACACUGACCACAGUAUGUAGGUCAGAUUUUGAAGAAAGGGAUCAUUUCCUGCAUUGGACACUGACCAAAGUAUGUAGGUCUGAUCAAACUCUCUUUCCAUGUCUUAUCACUGUAUUAACAAAUGGACUGGGGUUUUGGUACUUUUAGAGGUACUUGACUGAGAACUGUACCAUCUGGGUGGGCUGUGGAUCAACUCUUACAAUAAAAUGACUCAACUUGAAAACCA